ACUGACUUCCUAUUAGACAGAAUUGAGGGACCUUCGCUAUGUUGCAAGCUCUUUCUUUAGGGCUAGGCUUUAGCCUCGGUCUUCAGUGGGUCCUGUGGGCCGCAGCAGCUUUUUUCCAGACCGAAAAAUUUUAUGAUUUGGCAGGCAGUGGGACCUUUAUACUUUUGUCACAUCUAACUUUACAUUGGGGAGGAGCAAGGUACUUGCGUCCCAAAAUACAGACUGGUCUGAUUACAGUAUGGGGUUUAAGGCUUGGAACAUUUCUGUUCAUGAGAAUUCUUCGAGAUGGGCAGGAUAGACGGUUCAAUGGUGUUCGAGAAAACCCUGGAACCUUUUUUAUUUACUGGACUAUGCAAGGCAUUUGGAUAUUUGUGACACUACUGCCAUCACUUAUUCUGAAUUUGGAAAAACAUGACAAGCCACUGGGAUUACGCGACUACUUUGGAUGGUCUUUGUGGAUAGUUGGCUUCCUUACUCAGGCAAUAGCAGACCAUCAAAAGCUGAUAUUUAAAAGUGACCCUGACAAUGCAGGUAAAUUUAUUCAUAGUGGUCUCUGGGCAUACAGUCGUCAUCCCAACUACCUUGGAGAGAUCCUGCAGUGGAGUGGACUUUUUAUCUCUGCAUCAUCUAUACUGAGUGGUUUCCAGUAUGUGAGCAUCAUCUCCCCACUUUUUGUCUGGUUCCUGCUUAAUUAUGUCAGUGGAAUCCCUAUUCUUGAGAAACAAGCCAUGAAAAGAUGGGGGAGCAAUGUUGCUUUUCAAAACUACAUUAAAGAAACUCCUGUACUUUGGCCUUUUAUACAUACUCAGUGAUGAAUUAAAAGUUUUUACAUGUCUAAUAAA